AUGAGUUGGUGGGACUUCGGGAACCGUUUCUUCGGCUCCAAGGACGGCGAAGAUACGAAUGACAGCGGUAACACAGCGGCCAAGCCAGCAGAGCCAGCGGAAGUGAAAUCCUUCACUGCCCAAGAGCUGGCCAAGUUCACCGGUGAGAACGGCAAGCCAAUCUACAUGUCUGUGAAAGGCAAGGUGUAUGAUUGCACCAGUGGGGCCGCCUUCUACGGUCCUGGCAACUCGUACGCGGUGUUUGCUGGCAAAGAGGUGUCACGGUGCCUCGGCAAGAUGCUGAUCAGCGACGAGGAAGCAAAUGCAAACUGGGACGACCUCGCUCCAGAGCACAUGCAAAGCCUUGAUGAGUGGGCCGCAAAGUUCGACAGCAAAUACCCCGUGAUUGGUAUGUUUGAGCCUGAUGAGGAAUACUACGUACGGCAGAGAAAACUCACACCAUAA